UCAGUAGCACGUGACGCACGUGACUGGGAAAGUAGGAGUAGCGAGCGCCGCAAGGCGCAAUCACACUAUCUCCGCGGAAACUCAAAUGCUUUUACGUUAGCCAUUGGAUUGGGUGCCACGUCAUCGAUCCGCGUGAAUUCGUGUUUCAACGGCUGAGAUCAGCGCUGCAGAGCAACUGGGGGAAGCGAAGGGAAGAGGCUGGUAACUAGACUGUUUUCUCCAUUCUCUCGUGCUUGAUUUUCCAUCGAUAUUUUUCCCAACAAAUUUCGAAUCCUGUGGAGAACGUGCUUUGCUUUCUGGAUUUCAAGAUGAAGCUCACUGAGGAAUUGAACGAGCACGUGGAGGAAAACGAGGUCGUGCUUUUGAGCGAGGAACACGACGAAUAUGAAUCCGAAGAUGAAGUAGACGACGGUGAAGACGACGAAGACGACGAGGAUGACGACGACGAUGACGAAGGAGACGACAAUGACGAUGAGGAUGACGACGACGAAGAUGAUGCUCCUGACGCCGGUGACGACGAUGACGACGAAGAAGGAGAAGAAGAACGCGACGUCGCGCGCGGUGGUGAACCUGACGAUAACGACGACGACGAUGACGACGACGACGACGACGACGAAGACGAUGAGGAGGAGGAGGAGCAAGGAGAAGAGGAGGAUUUGGGAACAGAGUACCUUAUCCGCCCUUUAGGCACUGCUGAGGAGGAGGAAGCAUCUAGUGAUUUUGAACCCGAGGAGAAUGGCGAGCAGGAGGAGGAAGAUGAGGAGGACGAGGAUGGUGACAAGGCUGGGGUUCCGCCAAAAAGAAAAAGGUCAGAUAAAGAUGAUUCUGAUGACGAUGAUGGAGGAGAAGAUGAUGAGAGACCCUCUAAACGGUAGAGCUGGGUCCAUUCUUUGCAAGGGCUUAAACUAGUCAACCAUAGGUCAACAUAUCUCCCUUUGUCCUUUUAAAAACAUUCAGAGAAAGGUUCAGGGAAUUGUUUCAUUCUCUCUUGUAUCAUUAUGGUGCGACAUUAGUAGGCUUAUUAUUACUUUCAUAUGCUUGGUGCAUAGUUUAUAAUGGGUUAAAACGUUUGGUAGAACAAAUUUUGCAGACUUGAAUGUUAUCUUCAAGGUACAUUUUAGCUCCGUAGAUCUUUAUGCAUUACUGUAUUUGAUAGUGAUACUCUAAAAAUGUUGGUAGGUUUCUUCUGGCUUUUACAUUACAGUUUUUCAUGACAAUCGUUUAAUACUCAUUUGUCUCUAUUA